UUUAAUAGGCUUGUCUUUUCAAGUCUGGAACGUAGACAUCUUCAAGAUGAGACUGGUGCAUACUCUUCAUUUCAGUUCCUGAAGCUUCUAAUCAGUAUUUAUUAACACCAUUGCAGCUGUACAAACGAUAUGAUCCCACAACUUCAGAUGAAUUAGAAUUCAUGGAAAAUCUCUUUAACUGUCUAUGUUCCUCAUUGAUGUACAAUGCCAACAAAGAUCUUUUCCUGAAAGGCGAAGGUCUUCAACUUAUGAUCCUCAUGUUAAGAGAAAAGAAACUUUCUCGGAGAAGCUCCCUGAAAGUGUUAGAUUACUCCAUGCAAGGAGCUGAGGGCACAGAAAACUGCAGCAAGUUCAUUGAAUUUCUGGGACUCAGAAGCUUAUUUCCAUUGUUUAUGAAGCCUCUUAAGAGCAACAAGAAGGUUGGUUCUUCAGAGGAUGAAAUAGAAGAGCAUACCUGUUCAAUAAUCAUGUGGCUGUUCAGAAACUUAUCCGGGAACUUGAGAACUCGUCUUGUGCAGAAGUUUGUUGAAAAUGAUCACCUUAAAGUGGACAGGUUAAUGGAACUUCACAUCAAGUACCACAACAAAAUACAAGACUGUGAUGCCAAGAUAGAGAAAGAAAAACAGGAACUCUUAGAUGAAGGUGAGGAGAUGGACGAGGCGUUAGAGGACGAGUUUUACAUGCGGAGACUGGACGCUGGUCUGUUCACUCUUCAGCUCAUAGACUGUAUCAUCAUGGAAGUUUGUUGCUCUGGUGUGACUUCGAUAAAACAACGGGUGGUUACUCUGUUAAAUCAACAUGGAGGCUCUAUGAAGGACAUUAGAGCGAUUAUGAGAGGUAAGCAGAGCAGUUUUUCAGUUUUACUUAGCGGUUUCUCAAAAUGGCUGCUUUUUGUUGAAGUUUUGUUUGCAUUUGUUUACUGAGCUUAGUAAUGACUGGGCCAGAACCGAAACCAAUCACGUGACUUUUCCCGCGUUUGACACCGGCGACGGAGAUUCCACUUUGCGUUCUGAUUGGUUUGCGACUUUGUUUGCAGCCACUGUGAUUGGCUGGUUGGUAACUUUGUUUUAUGCUUAACCACGGUCGAUAGAGAACUGCUCAAGGUAGUGGUAGGGUCAUAUAUUUAGAUUGUCUUUAGAGAGAGAUUUUGGUAGGAGA